ACGCCGGGCUGUUCUGUUCGCGGUGUGUUUCGGCAGCACCCCGAAGGGUCCGCGUGAUCUUCCGCAAGUGCUCCGGUAUAGUCCAGGGAGGGGGCUGGCGGAGUCCGGGAAAUUCUCCUGGAGGCCAGGGUGUCUCAGCGGACCGUCGGGGCCCUUCGGAGAUAUAAGGCAGAGUCACUUUAAUUAUUUCUAAUAUCAAUUUCAAACUGUUUACUCUUGGAUAACAGUUCAGUUGUAUGAAAGUAUGGCUGGUUAUAAACCUGUAGCGAUCCAGAUAUAUCCUAUACUUGGUGAAAAAAUCACUCAAGAUACACUGUACUGGAACAACUAUAAGACCCCUGUUCAGAUCAAGGAGUUCGGUGCAGUCUCAAAAGUAGACUUUUCUCCACAGCCUCCGUAUAAUUAUGCUGUCACAGCUUCUUCAAGGAUUCACAUUUAUGGCCGAUACUCCCAAGAACCUAUAAAAACCUUUUCACGAUUUAAAGACACAGCCUACUGUGCUACUUUUCGACAGGAUGGUAGACUGCUUAUAGCUGGCAGUGAAGAUGGUGGCGUUCAGCUUUUUGAUAUAAGUGGGAGGGCUCCCCUCAGGCAGUUUGAAGGCCAUACUAAAGCAGUUCAUACAGUAGAUUUUACAGCUGACAAAUAUCAUGUCGUUUCUGGGGCUGAUGAUUAUACAGUUAAAUUAUGGGAUAUUCCAAACUCUAAAGAAAUUCUGACAUUCAAGGAACAUUCUGAUUAUGUGAGAUGUGGAUGUGCUAGCAAACUGAACCCAGAUCUCUUUGUAACAGGGUCAUAUGAUCAUACUGUGAAGAUGUUUGAUGCACGAACAAACCAGAGUGUUAUCUCUGUCGAGCAUGGGCAGCCAGUGGAGAGUGUCCUGCUUUUUCCCUCUGGAGGGCUUCUGGUAUCAGCAGGAGGUCGUUAUGUUAAAGUCUGGGACGUGCUAAAAGGAGGACAGUUGCUAGUGUCUUUGAAAAAUCAUCAUAAAACUGUGACGUGUUUAUGUCUGAGCAGUUCUGGACAGAGGUUACUCUCUGGCUCACUGGAUAGGAAGGUGAAAGUAUAUAGCACAACUUCCUACAAAGUGGUCCACAGUUUUGAUUAUGCAGCUUCAAUUUUGAGUCUUGCACUUGCACAUGAAGAUGAAACAAUAGUUGUAGGAAUGACCAAUGGAAUACUGAGUGUUAAACAUCGGAAGUCUGAAGCAAAGAAGGAGUCUGUUUCCAGGAGAAGAAGGCCUGCAUAUCGAACUUUUAUUAAAGGAAAAAAUUACAUGAAACAACAGGAUGACAUUUUGAUCAACAGGCCAUCAAAGAAGCACCUAGAAUUGUAUGACAGGGAUCUGAAAAACUUUCGCAUCUCUAAGGCACUUGAUAGAGUCCUUGAGCCCAGUUGUACAAUAAAGACGCCUGAGAUUACAGUUUCCAUCAUAAAGGAGCUAAAUCGAAGAGGAGUCCUUGCAAAUGCCCUUGCAGGUCGAGAUGAAAAGGAGAUCAGUCGUGUCCUUAAUUUUUUGAUAAGGAAUCUAUCUCAGCCAAGAUUUGCUCCUGUUUUGAUAAAUGCUGCUGAAAUAGUUAUUGAUAUAUAUCUACCUGUGAUUGGUCAGUCACCUGUAGUUGAUAAAAAGUUUUUGUUACUUCAAGGACUUGUAGAAAAAGAAAUUGAUUACCAAAGAGAACUACUAGAAACCUUGGGGAUGAUGGAUAUGCUUUUUGCUACCAUGACAAGGAAAGAAAGCACUUCUGUGUUGCAGCAGACACCUGAUGGAUUUCUAGAGAACAAGAGGAUUGAAUCAUAGCGUCUGCUUAACAGGACCCAUAAGAACUCCUAACUUGGAACAGAUUUGAUACAUUAACUAUUGUGAAGAGAAUUUCUUUGAUACAUUCUAUAAAACUAUUUACAGAAGCAUUUUUAUGGAAGAGACUAUGAUUGAAAAAUAAGAACCUGUUUUAAAACAUGGAUUUUCCAUGUAAUAUUUUGAAUUAUUUCAUGGCAUCUUCAGCUGGAAGAUCUCAGUUGUUUUAGUCAUAGUGUAUUGUCCAUCUUGGACAAGUUGAUAAUUCGUUUUAAUCCAGCAGAGUUCAGUUUCAGUGUCUGAAUAGGCAUCCAGAGUUCUGGAGAGGGUUUCAACUGGGAAUCCUGCCAGAGGAACAGGGCUUUAUUUUUUCCUUCUAUCCUGGAAAAGCAACAACAACAAGACAGAUGGCAACACAUAAAUUCUUUCUUCACUCUAAUCACUGCUCUUGGGAUUCCUAGGCCCCAGCCGAGCUUGAAGCUCCCUCAUCACUUAUCCUCAGCUGGUAAUGGGACUAAAUGUGUUCCAAGUGUGGCAAACUGGUAGCCAGCUCUGAAUAACUGACACUAGUUUGCCAUGGAUUCAGAAGAGUGCGAUGAGGCAGAUUUGAUACCUAAAAAUUGUGCUCACCAGCUGGUGUUUUCUUUUUCCUUCUGUAAUCUUGACUGCUUCUCAGAACAAGGGCUGCAGGUGGACCUUCUGGACCGUGUUUUCCCUCUUCCCCUCAAUCUGCAGUCUUUCUACCAGGUUUCCAACUUGCUUCUGAUCAGGGAAAUGGUAAAAUUUUCCAUUUCUCUUAUGAUAAAUAGACUUUUAGCCUUUAUUAUAUUAUAUCCAUAUAUUUGGAGCUUAUCUUAUAGCUACCUAGCCCCGGAAAACUCUUUUCUCUGAUCUCUAUUUAGAUUUUCCCCCCUAUUCUUUACAUCAUUUUGUGUUUCAGAACCCCAAGCCAGAGUAGCUUGCUUUGGAAAAGGGUUGUAUUUUUCAAAGUUGGAUGUAGAUCACAUUUUUUUUUUUUUUUUUUUAUAAAGAGAUUCCUAUUGUCUUCUUGGCUUUCUGCAAUGUAUCAAUUCCUGAUGAAUAGUCACUGGCUUGUGACUCCUGGCACACUAAUUUUAUACUUGCUACCCUUUCUACCCUCCUUCAGUUCCUGUCCCACCUGAAGUAGUUAAUUACCUCUAAGGACUGUCUUAGGCUAGAAGAACCCUUAGUUAAAGGAAGAUUUUGUAAUGGAAAUCUAAAAUUUCAGUUCUGUGAAUUCUGAUAUAUUUUUUUAAAGCAGAAAAAGAUAUUCUUGUGUUCUAAUAAGGGUGUAUGCUCUAACGUAGGGUCUGGUUUCCCUUUCAUGAACUGAUUUGAAUAAUCAUGUAGAUAGAGCCAGUGGCUUAAAAGAAAGUAGGAGUUUGCUUUCCUGAAUAAUUAUGAAAUUAGCCAAAGCCAUAACUGUGUCUUCAUGUUAACAAGAAUUAAUUUAAGUAAAAAAUGUAAUUUCAUAAAUAUGCUGAUAAUCAUAUACUAGUAAAAAUGAAAAUUGAAAUUCUAU